AUGACCUGGAGUGUGAGAUCCACUGCUGCUGAGGAGAGGGGUGUCAACAGCAGCACCAUGGUUGCUCUGUGGAUUUCUUCUGUUGGAAAAUCAAUAUUAAUCAACUUAUGAUUCCUCAUAUAUUUACAUUCUCCAGAGUACCCAGGUCUUUCUCAUAGAAUUAUUACUAAAAAGAAUGUGCAAGAGGAACAAUCCAAAGUUUUAAUCAAAGAAGGUAGUGUUCAGUUGCUGCUGACAACAGUUGAUACUCCAGGAUUUGGAGAUGCAAUAGAUAAUAGUAAAUGCUGGCAGCUUGCUAUCGACUACAUUGAUAGAAAAUUUAUGGACUACCUAAAUGCAGAAUCAUGAGUAAACCGAUGUCAGAUGCCUGAUAACAGGGCGCAGGGAUGUUUAUACUUCAUUGCUCCUUCAGGACAUGGACUUAAACCAGUAAUAACUUUAAAACAGACAAUGAAAGAAAUCUAAGAACGUAAAACAUAUACAGAAACAGACGAAGAAGAAAAGUUUGUUAAAAAGAUGAAGGACCAUUUACCUCUUGCUUAGGUAGGUAGUAAUACUAUCACUGAACUUAAUGGCAAAAGGGUUAGGGGAAGGCAGUAUCCUUGGGGUGUUGCUGAGGUUGAAAAUGGUGAACACUGUAAUUUUACAAUUCUAAGAAAUAUGUUGAUAACACAUGCAUAUUUGAAAGACAUUACUAAUAAUGCCCACUCUGAAAGCAGAAAACUGGCAGUUGUGACUUAUAAUGGAGUUGAUAACAUAAGGGCUAAGAGUCUUCUGGCACAAAUGGAAGAAGAAAGAAGGGUGCAUGUGGCUAAAAUGAAGAAGAUAGAGCUGUAGAUGGAGCAGGUGUUUGAGAUGAAGGUCAAAAAAAAAGUUCAAAAACUGAAGGACUCUGAAGGAGAUUCCCAGCGGAGGAGCCCCACGGGUAGCCAGCGGGACUCUUGUGACCGGCGAGGCGGUUUUGCCGGCGCCUCGGAGCGUUGGUUCUUGGUGCAGAGUCAGAAAAGCACCAUCAAUCUUAACGCCGCUGAUUUAGUUGGCACAGUGGGUUGCUCAGAUUUCGGCGCUGAGAAUCAAUAA